CCCACUACUACAAUCUUAUAACCCCACUUCUAAAGUUGCAAACUUCUCUCCUCUCUCUUUUGUCUCUCUGCAAAGAUAGCAUACAAUAUUUAGAGAGAAAGUUCCCUUUUUUGUUUUUCUCCAAAGCAAAACUUGGUUGUUAACACACCAUAGAGAAAUCAUAGCCAAAUUUACACUACCAAGAAUCAUGGGGGGUGGAGAAGGUGCAGUUGGUGUGAGAGCUCUCAAUGAAGAUGAUGUUGUGAAGCAUGAUGAAGGAAACAAAUGGCCACCAUGGCUGAGGCCAAUUCUCCAAACAAGCUUCUUUGUUCAAUGCAAAGUCCACUCAGAUUCCCACAAAAGUGAAUGCAAUAUGUAUUGCUUGGACUGUAUGAAUGGAGCACUUUGCUCAGCAUGUCUUGCCUCUCACAAAGAACACAGAGCUAUUCAGAUAAGAAGGUCUUCAUACCAUGAUGUGAUAAGGGUAUCCGAGAUACAGAAAUUUGUAGACAUAACAGGGGUCCAGACUUACAUUAUAAACAGUGCCAAGAUUGUGUUCUUGAAUGAAAGGCCUCAACCUAGGCCAGGCAAAGGGGUCACCAAUACCUGUCAGGUCUGUGAGCGCAGCCUUCUUGAUUCCUUCAGCUUCUGCUCUCUUGGUUGUAAGGUAGUUGGAACCUCCAAGGAGUUCCAGAAAAAGAAUAAGUUAGUUGAGACAUAUGGUUCUGAUGGCGAAGGAUCAAUUAGUGGCAUUAGUAAUGGAAGUGCCAGAAACAGAAUCCAUAGCUUUACACCGUCAACACCACCAUCAAUAAUGGUAAGUUACAGAAGUGCUAAGAGGAGAAAGGGAGUACCACAUAGAGCUCCAAUGGGUGGAGGAAUUAUUAUAGAAUACUAAUGUUAUAGGUAUGGCGACAUUAAAGGGUAAUUUUCGUCACUUAACAAACAAUACGAUAAACGCUAUCAACACUUACUUUAACGAUAUAUUUUCAACACUUUUCUUUAUUGAUCAAAAUCAAUAUAGGAUCCGCUAAAUUAGACGAGUCUCCGUCUCAAUUUGACAGAACCGACAUGGAUUUCAAUCAAUGAGAAAAAUUAGUGUUUGAAAAGUAAUAUUAAAGUAAGUAUUAGAUAGAAUUCCACCCACUUGCAUCAAGUGGCAAUCUGGCAUCUUUAGAUACAUGUUUUUUUUAUAUUUUACGAAGUUACAAUACCUGAGCCUGUUCACUGAAGCCGGUGUUGGAAAUUACAGCUCUAUCUUGUAUAUAGAAUAAGAGGAAAAUUCCAUAGAGAACAAGAAUAAUGAUAAAGGGAAAACAUAGGUUAAAAAUCAAAUAUUUAUAGAAUAGUGGGAGUGCUUUGUGCUGGUAUAAGCUAGAAUAGCAAUGAUAUGUGUUGGUAUCAGAUGCGGAAUGUGCAGUGGUUUGUAAAAUGUUGUAAGAUUAGACAAUAAAAGUGUUUAUCAUGAUUAUUAAAA